UUAAAUUAACCUUUUUUAUUAUUAUUAUUAUUAUUAUUAUUAUUAUAAGUUAUGUUCAUCUUAUAAUUAAUGCAGAUCAUCUUUAGAAAUUUCAAAUCUUCAAACAUUCUUCUUGAUGAGAAUUGGAACGCAAAGCUCUCUGACUUCGGACUGGCUAGAAUGGGACCUUCUGAUGGAAUCAGUCAUGUCUCAACUGCGGUUGUAGGGACCAUUGGUUAUGCAGCGCCUGAAUACAUCCAAACAGGACACCUCACGGCCAAGAGCGACGUGUGGAGCUACGGAAUCUUCUUGUACGAGCUCAUCACAGGGAGACGGCCGUUCGACAGAAACAGGCCAAGAAACGAGCAGAACAUCUUGGAGUGGAUCAGACCGCACUUGGCCGAUAUCAAGAAGUUCAAGAUGAUCAUCGACCCGAGGCUUGAAGGAAACUACUACCUCAAAUCUGCUUUGAAGCUAGCUGCGGUUGCGAACCGGUGUUUGAUGGUGAAGGCCAAGUCUAGGCCAACGAUGAGUGAGGUUUCGGAGAUGUUGGAGAGGAUAGUGGAGACUUCGGAGGAGGAGGCUUCUAGUGAUGGGCCGUUGAUGAAGAGCUUGACGCCUAAAGAUGCGUUUGAGGCGUCAAGAAGAGAGAGGGUUAAGAGAAGAUUUGUUGAGGUUUUAAUUGGGGUUAAUGGUUGUCCUAAUCUGCCUACUUGGUCUCCUAAACUUGUUACUUCUCUUUGAUUUUUGAGGGUGAACAAACGAACAACUAAAGCGUUUCUGGA